AGAGCCACCGUAGAGCCACCAUGAUCCGCCUCGCCUCCGCCCCCGCCGCCGCGCUCCUCCUCCUCCUCCUGCUCUCCUCCGUCCUCGCCGCCGCCGCCGCCCGCGACGUCCCCGGCGGGAACGUCAUCAAGCUGCCGUCCGACGCCUCGAGCUUCCUCCGCGCCGGCGGGGGCGGGGACGACUCCGUCGGGACCAGGUGGGCGGUCCUGAUCGCCGGAUCCAACGGUUACUGGAACUACCGCCACCAGGCCGAUGUUUGCCAUGCAUAUCAGCUCUUGAAGAAAGGAGGGCUGAAGGAUGAAAAUAUCGUUGUUUUUAUGUAUGAUGACAUUGCAGACAAUGAAGAGAACCCCAGGACUGGAAUUGUUAUUAACAGUCCAGAGGGAGAUGAUGUUUAUGAAGGAGUUCCAAAGGAUUACACUGGAGAGGAUGUUAACGUCAACAACUUUUUGUCUGUUCUCCUUGGAAACAAGACUGCUCUCACAGGAGGCAGCGGGAAGGUUGUGGAUAGUGGUCCGGAUGAUACUAUCUUCAUCUACUAUACUGAUCAUGGUGGCCCUGGUGUGCUUGGAAUGCCCACCAGCCCUUUCCUAUAUGCUGAUGAUCUGAUAGAUGUCUUGAUAAAGAAGCACGCGUCUGGGACCUAUAAAAGCUUGGUAUUUUACCUUGAAGCUUGUGAAUCGGGAAGUAUUUUUGAGGGCCUUCUUCCAGAAGGUUUGAACAUAUAUGCGACAACAGCAGCUAAUGCAGAAGAGAGCAGUUGGGGCACCUAUUGCCCUGGAGAGUAUCCUAGCCCUCCAGUAGAAUAUGAGACAUGUCUUGGUGACUUGUAUAGUGUUGCCUGGAUGGAAGACAGCGAGGUGCAUAACCUGCGAACCGAGACUCUGCACCAGCAAUACCAACUGGUGAAAAAGAGGACAUCAAAUGACAACUCGGCUUACGGUUCCCACGUCAUGCAAUAUGGUGAUAUAGGGUUAAGUAAGGAAGAUCUCUUCCUGUACAUGGGCACAAAUCCUGAAAAUGAGAACUCUUCUUUCGUGGAUGACAACUCACUGAGGCCUCCUCGGAAAGCUGUUAACCAGCGGGAUGCCGAUCUGCUCCAUUUCUGGGACAAGUUCCGUAAAGCUCCUGAGGGCUCUUCUAGGAAACUUGAUGCGCAGAAGCAAUUUUUUGAGGCAAUGUCACAUCGGAUGCAUAUAGAUCACAGUGUGAAACUCAUUGGAAAGCUCUUGUUUGGAAUUAAAAAGGGUCCGGAGGUGCUGAAUGCUGUUCGACCUGCAGGACAACCUCUUGUUGAUGACUGGGCUUGCCUGAAAAACCUGGUGAGAACAUUCGAAACUCAUUGCGGAUCUCUCUCUCAAUAUGGGAUGAAACACAUGCGCUCCUUCGCUAACUUGUGCAAUGCUGGAAUCCGGACCAAGCAAAUGACGGAGGCAUCAGGCCAAGCUUGUGCUCACAUUCCGUCUGGUCCCUGGAGCUCUCUCAGCGGGGGAUUCAGUGCAUGAGUGAAGUGGGAAUCAUUCCACACAAGGGACCCCGCUUGCCAUGCUUAAAUCUGCUGCAGAUUUAUAGUCCUACUGUAUAUCUUGAAUGGGUUGUUUCUGUGAUUGCUUCGCUGUGAAUAUGACUCGGAAGCACGUAUCUCGACUUGCUUGUCACAUAAACAUGCUUUGAAUGUAGGACAAAUAUCGCGCCUGAUUCACGCGAUAUGAACUACCGCGGCCCUGCGUGGACUAAUGACACAGACGGGCGAUACGAUUGGGGAAAAGAAAGCUUGGUAGUUUGUGUAAUAAUCUAUGGUGCAUGUGGGUUGAACAAUUAUAGUCAAAUGCUCUCAGCCUGAAUCUAGUAAUUGAAAGUGGUAUACAUUUGUCUGUAA